CGACAAAAAAAAAGCUUUCAUAACAGUAGUGAUUGUAGUGAAACCUAUCCUCACUCAAGUCACCAUCAUGACGAUGCUCACCGUACUAUUCUCAGCAGCGAUUGUAACGAUCAUCGCGAUCAUUACCUCCUCGAGUAGCCAAAAAGGCUCAGGCAUCUUCGCACCGCCUGAAAUCGCCGGCUCCCGUGACGUUUUCCCGUCGGCUAAAGUGGUUAACCUAACCGGAGCCUCUGGUCCGGAGAGCGUGGCGUUUGAUCUGGCGGGGGAAGGUCCGUACGUUGGUGUUUCCGACGGUCGUGUCCUGAAAUGGCGCGGGGAUUCGCUUGGAUGGUCAGAUUUCGCUUACACGUCGGCUAAUAGGACGAUGUGUGUUCGCCCGUUUGCACCAGAGUUGGAACAUGUGUGUGGAAGACCAUUAGGAUUACGUUUCGAUGAGAAAACCGGUGACCUUUACAUAGCGGAUGCAUACUUUGGCCUUAUGAUUGUUGGUCCUGCUGGUGGUUUAGCUAAACCUUUGGUUACAGAAGCUGAAGGGCAACCGUUUCUUUUCACUAAUGAUUUGGACAUUGAUGAGCAUGAAGAUGUGAUUUACUUCACAGAUACCAGCACCAGGUUCCAGAGAAGGCAAUUCUUGGCUGCUGUUUUAAACGUGGAUAAGACAGGGAGGUUGAUAAAGUAUGACAGAACAAGCAAGAAAGUGACGGUUUUAUUACAAGGCAUUGCAUUUGCAAACGGCGUUGCACUGAGUAAAGACCGGUCUUUUGUAUUGGUAGCCGAGACAACCACUGGCAAGAUCCUAAGGCUUUGGCUAUCUGGUCCAAAAGCAGGAACACAAGACGUCUUUGCUGAGCUUCCAGGGUUCCCUGACAACAUCAGGAGAAACUCAAAUGGAGAGUUCUGGGUCGCUCUGCACUCAAAGAAAGGUCUUUUCGCUAAGCUCUCACUCUCUCAGGCUUGGUUCAGAGAUUUGUUACUGAGACUUCCUAUCAGUGGCCAGCGCUUGCACUCGCUGUUCACUGGAAGACCUCAUGCAACAGCAUUGAAGCUGAGUGAAUCAGGAGAGGUUUUGGAGGUGCUUGAGGAUAAAGAAGGGAAGAGACUUAGGUUUAUAAGUGAAGUGGAGGAAAAAGAUGGUAAGCUUUGGAUUGGUUCUGUUCUUAUGCCUUUUCUUGGUGUUUAUGAGUUUUAGUUUCCUACACUCUUAAGACUAAUGUUAUGUGAACACAACUUCUAGUACUCUGUAAUAAUAGUAUUAAUAAAAUUAAGUUGAUAAAGAGCUUAA